UGAUUAAUUUUAAUUAGCAUCGGCAAAGAAACAAUGGCCCAGAUGCCAUGUACAUUGCCCAUACAUUUUAAUGGGCGUAGUAAGAAUUAGUAACGGUGAUGGACGUUUUAUCUGACUUUUGGGGUAGUUCGUUUGAAGCAGUCGCCAAAACAAGUUGGAUCGAAUAUGAACGUGAGCAAGAUCUACGCCAGCUACCUGGAAAGCAAACUGAUUGGCGUCCAAGCGGAGGACGCCAAUCAAUAUGUGGUCCGUGCACUGAAGCACGUCAUCCAGGAUGUGUUCGCACAGCUGAGUGCGACGCUUAUAAUAACACUGGCCACCAGCGAUGCACAGAUGGACAAGUGGUUCGGGAAUGUGGUGGGCAAUUUGGCCAGCACUUGGAACUCAGUCUCCGUGCAGAUGCUCCAUGUGAAUCACUUGCCUCAUGUGCCGGGGCGCAAGUAUUGCAAUCUACUGCUGGUGGACUCCUAUAAGGCGUUGCUCUCCACGCAAAUCACCGAGGAUAACGCGGACAGUGAUGAUCACGAGUACUAUUUCAUCUUUCUGCAGGCGCGCGAUGCACUGAUUCCGGCGGAGCUGCAGCAAAUCCUGAACCAUUGCCUGAACAACUUUUGGCUGCACUGCAAUGUGAUGGUGCAGACGGCCCAGAUGGAGGUGCUCAUCUAUAGCUAUUAUCCGUACACGUCGCAACGUUGUCAAUCUGCACAGCCGCAGCUGGUGAAUCGUUUCGAUGGCCAGCGCAUGAUCCAUGCGCCCAUGUUUCCGCACAAGCUGCGCCAGCUGCAUCAGUGCCCGCUCACUGUGGUCGUCUGGAACGCGCCGCCCUUUGUCGAACUCAAGUGGGACGAACGGGCGGGGCAGAUGGACGCCAUUGGCUUCGAGGUUACGCUGAUUAAGCAACUGGCCCGGCAUCUCAAUUGCACUUUGAUCUGGCACAAUGUGACGCUCGAGACGGUGGCCACCUACCAGAAGAACUGGGGCGAUGAAAGUCAACCGAUGAGUCCACUAGAGCUGUUGAUGAAGCGACAUGCCAACAUGAGCGUGGGUAACUUUCGGAAGACGGCUGGCCGCAAUGACAAGCUUACCUCGCCCGUGGCUCACUACUAUGCCCCACUGGUGGCCACCGUGGCCAUCAAGCACUUUCAGUUUGGCCAGCUCACCUUGCUGUAUUUUCCAUUCCAGAGCUGCGUUUGGCUGUUGCUGCUGGUGGCUCUGAUCCUGCAUGGCCUGAUCUAUAUGUGGCGCUGGCGUCCCAUUGGGCUGCAGGUGCUGGAGCUGCUGCUGGGCGUUACGUUGGUGCGUCUGCCACGCUCCUGGCUGCAGCGUGUCAUCUAUGCGCACUGGCUCUAUGGCAGCAUUCCGUUGCGUGUGGUCUACCAAUCGCUGCUAUUCCAUUUCAUACGCCUGCAGCUGUUCGAGACGCUGCCGUAUUCGUUUGAGCAGCUCUUGGCUAGCAAUUUCCGUGGCAUGUGUAGCUCGAACAUUUUAAGCAUGCUGCGCGAGAUGCCACAGGUGGCGCACAAUUAUGACAGCUACAUUAGCAUCCCGUCGCCCUACGAUGAAGCAGUGCUGGAUGCACUGCAUCAAAUGGGCGAUGGUCGGUAUUUUGCCAUCACCGGCCUGGACCCUUCCGUUGCCCAUUUGACGGCAACGAAUCGCCAGAGAAGCUACCACAUUCUCUCCCAGUUUAUCAAUCUGCAGCAGGUGGUCAUCUAUAUGCCCAAGCACACGUAUUUCAAGGAACUGUUCAAUGACAUGUUGCGCAACCUCGAUGCCAGUGGCUGCAUUGACUUUUGGCGCCGCGACGCCUUCGCCGAAUACAGUCGCCGAACGCUGCAGCAGCGCAGUCUGUUCCAGCUGCAGGACGAUCAGCAAGAGCAGCGACAAAACGAGCAGCUGCGCCAGCUAAUCGGUAUAUACAGCCUGAUGGGUACUCUCUACGCUGUCUCCAUGCUGGUUUUUUGCGCUGAACUCCUUUGCCAUCGGCUGACCAAGCGAAAGACGGAGCGACGUUUGCUUUAA